CUUACACAGGUGCGCAACAUCAAGGUAAUUUUUAGUAAUUUUCAGCGUUUUCUUGCUCUACGACCUAAAGUCAUCACAGUUUAAAUGCGUCUUGCUUCGGCAGCAAUAGCUGUGAUUUCAAUCCAGCUGAUACAUCUGUUGUGCUUCUACACCUUGACUGAUGCAAAAAACGUUGAAAGAAAAAUUAAAAUCAGAUUAUACAACCAGACUAGCGACAAGUACUAUGAGGCUCCUAUCAAAAAAGGGCGCUCACUGUUCAAACCUGCCUUUGGCUACAACCAGACACUGCCGCUGGUCCUGAUCGUCCAUGGCAUGGCGAUGGGAGCGGACAGCUAUUUCGUCAAUGGAGUAAUAAAUGCUCUGGUUGGAAGACAACUGGACAAGGAGUACAACAUCUUUGCUGUUGACAUGCCAGAGCUGUUUCAAAACAACUUAUUCAACAACUUCUAUUUUGGAGUCUUGAGCAACGUACAGCCUGCAGGAAAGCGGAUUGGAGAAUUCCUGAAUGAAGUUAUUAAACUAAACCUGACAACACCAGCAAGCGUCAGCCUGAUAGGUUACAGCAUUGGGGCCCAGAUAGCAGGAUAUACAGCACGCUUAGUAAAGGAGGUCUCAGGCCAAAUUAAUUACAUUGCAGGACUGGAUCCAGCAGGACCCGGGUUCCACAACUUGUUCGGACGUGUCUCGGGUCUCACCCAUGUAUCCCAGGCGGACGCUGGGACCGCUCACUUCUUCCACACCAACUCUGUCUCCUGCGGGACCCGGGACCGGGUGGGAACAGCUGACUUUGUCUUCAACAGCGGAGGUCUCCAGCCAGGCUGCCUCGUUGAAUCUUCUCUAAACUGCAGCCAUGUAAGAAUCCCCAAUUUGUACAUCGAAGCUAUCACCAAUCCUGGGAAUCUGGUGGCUAGAAGAUGUCCGAGUUGGGCUCAAUUCAAGCAGUGUCAGUGUGACCAACAUGACAGCGUACUCCUCACUUUCCCUCCAGAUCAGAGCGCACGUGGAAUAUACUACCUUCGGACACGUGCUAAAAGCCCUUUCGGGUUGGGCGUUGCUGGAGCUCAUUGUAGAAGGGCCACAAGCCCUACUGAUAAGACCGAGUAUCACCAAGGACAAGGAGUUCCAUCCGGCCGUAAAAACAGUUCGACUUUCGACACUCAAAAUCUGCUCAACAACAGAAUCAAAAACAUGUUAAAACCUCAAGACCCCAGACAGAUGCAAGAUAACUUCAACAUCCACAUAAUGAACGGCAUCAAGAGAAUCGAGGAUUUCCAUAAACCAGAGGAUGGAGCUGACAAAGCAGACAACAUUGCUGGCUCGGAAGAGAACUCGGAUGAUGAUGAAUCUGAUGAGUAAGAUGUAGGGCGUAUAAAGUCAUUAAACUGUGUGAUCAAUAAACAGAUAUGAUGUUUAAAA